AUAAGCUUUGUGUUGAAGUAGAUGUAAUUAUCUGAUGGUUUACAUUGAAGCUUUGUUACAUGCAGACUACCGGUAGUUACUUGUGCUUGGACUUAAUGGCAUAUAUUGUAUAAAUGGGAUAUACAGCUUAGACUCUUCAACACCUACUUCUUACCUAAGUAUGGGUGACUCAUCAGAUGGAGGUGCUGUUUCUGUUUCUUCGACUCUUCCUGUGAACUUUGGAUCAAAUCUACAUCUUCCUUUAUUCUCGUCCAUGAGAAUUCCAAGUAUGGAUUCUCUUGUGAGCAAUCAUGGUUCUACUGUGUCAGAAGAUGAAUACAGAUUUGUAGAAGUCUCACACCCAGCACAGCUUCUCGCAGGACUGAAUAAUCUCCGAAAAAGUCGAAUAUUCUGUGACAUCACAAUAUGUGUAGAUGGCAGAGAGUUCUAUUGUCACAAAGUUAUCUUAUCUUCAUUCAGUCCAUAUUUUAAAGCCAUGUUUACUGGAAGUAUGGCUGAAAGUUUUCAAGAUAAAAUUUCCAUUAAUUGUAUGGAAGCUUCCAUGGUAGAACUUCUUUUGGACUUUGCUUAUACAUCAGAAAUACUGAUCAACAAAUCAAAUGUCCAGUCUCUCUUGUCAGCGGCUAACCUUUUUGAAAUUCUAACAGUGAAGGAAGCAUGCUGCCAUUACCUUGAACAAAACAUGGAGGAAUCCAAUUGUAUUGGUAUCCAUUGUUUUGCUGAAAUCCAUGCCUGUGAUGACCUACAACAGAAAUCUCGUGAAUAUUUGUUACAAAACUUUGUCACAGUUUGGCAACAAGAAGAAUUUGUCCAAAUUAACCUGUCCAAACUGGUAGAAAUUCUGUCAGAUGAUGACCUUGUGUGUGAAAGUGAAGAGGUUAUAUUUGAAGCAGCAGCAAGUUGGUUGAAUCAUGACAUUGAGAAACGUAAGGAUGACUUUGAUAAUGUGCUUGAGUGUGUAAGACUCCCACUGACAAACCCUUAUUUCAUUCAUGACUUUGUUGAAAGCAACACAACUAUCAUGCAGUCUGGGUCAUGUAGGCGUUUGGUAGAAGAGGCCAAGACCUUUCAGUUGUUGAAGGACAGACAAUGUCAGUUCCACAAUCCACGGACACGGUUAAGAAAAAGUGCAGUGAUGACAGAAGUGAUUGUAGCUGUUGGAGGAGAAGAUGACAAGGUGGUCCUUCGUAGUGUGGAAACUCUGGAUCCUAGUACUUUCCAAUGGAAACCUUUAGCUUGUCUUCCAUUUGCAGUAAGCAAGCAUGGAUUAGUGGCAUCAGGGUCCACCUGUCUGUACCUUGCUGGAGGAGAGUACCCUGAUGGUUCUGCCAGUAAAAGUGUGUGGCGAUAUGAUUCUUGUAUAGACUGCUGGGAGGAGCUGUCUCCGAUGCAAGUUGCCAGAUCUGAGUUAGGUGUAGCAAUGCUAGACUCUUACAUGUAUGCUGUUGGGGGAUGGGAUGGCUCAAGUCGACUGGAUAGUGUGGAGCAGUACAGUGUGACCACCAAUAACUGGACAUUUGUGGCUGCAAUGAAGAUAGCACUAACCAGUCCAGCAGUGGCGGCCAUGGAGGGAUGUCUAUAUGUUACUGGUGGCGCUGUGCUCGAGGAUGGGGAUGGGAUAGAGCUGGUUCAGUGUUACAACCCACGCACAGAUAAAUGGACUGACAAGAGCUCCAUGUUGAUUCCUCGCUCAGGAUCUGGGGCCUGUGUCCUGAAUGGCUUGCUGUAUAUUAUAGGAGGUUGGCAUGCAUCAACGGAAAAUACCAGUAAGGUUGAGUGUUACAACCCUAGGACAGAUCAGUGGGCCCAAAAGAGCCCCCUCCUAGAACGCCGCUAUCGUCCAGGGGUUGCCGUUGUAUCUGGCAAAGUCUAUGUUCUGGGAGGAGAGGAAGGCUGGGACAGAUAUCAUGACACCAUAGAGUGCUACGACCCUGAAACAGAUAGCUGGGAGAUUGUAGGCGAAAUGCAGUCCAGUCGCAGCUGGCUCAGCUGUGUGGCUCUUGUACUACAUAAAGAUGUUUUAAAUCGAGACAGACACACCCACCAUUGUACUGUGUGACAUACCCACUGAUACGGAAUGUUAUUGUUACAGUCUGGAAUGAUGGAUUAUAUAAAAUCAGACUUCACGAAAAUCAUAUUAAACUGUGUAAGUUAUGUAAUGUUCUAAUGAUUAGAAUCUCAUUUAAUCUUGUUUUUCAGCAUUAGCACCUUAUUUUCAUUUUCCAAACUGGACAUAGCUGAUAUAAUACAUGUAAGUGCUUGUCUGAUUUAGCUAAUGCUGUGUAUACUCGCUUGAUAAUGAAGACAUAUCUGAUUUAGUCUGACAGCAUAGAUCCAUUGGUGAUGUAUCUGAUACAUGUAAUCUUAUUGUUUUACAUGUCGUGUAUUCCUAUGUAGGACUAGUGGGUGAAAUUUAUCUGUGAAAUGAGUUUUGCUCAUAUCAAUUAAUACAUUGCUCAGAUUGAUUAAAUGGCAUGAAAAUAAAGGCACAAUUUUAUGUUUCACUUUGUGUGUAGUCAUGUUCCUCAGUUUUAGUGCUGUGUGCCUCUGGGAGUUGUCUUUCUUGGUUUGCCUUUUCUUUCGUCUAAGUCAUUGGUCCUUUCUAUUUAACAAAGAAAUAAUAUGGUAGUGACAAAAAUAAAAGGGUGUUAUAAUUUCUCCUCAAUUCAUUCUUGUUUAUCUUUAGGGAGUUAUCUUGUAGCUGUUAUAAGAGACUUGUGCACAAUCUAGAACAUUUGUAUAACUGAAUUACAUCUUAAAGUACAUAAAAAAAAGUGGUAAUUUAAUUCUUUCAAAAUUUCUAAAUCCUGUCUAAUUAUGGAUUAAUUAAAUUCAUAUAUUAUUGUUGAGAGCUGCUUAAACCACUUUUUAUUGAGAAUCAAGUAAAAAAAAGAUCAGGUGAUGACAAAGUUUGUGUUCUAUACUUCAAUGUUAUAAAUGUAUUUUUCAUUACAUGAAGACAUGAAUGUACUGUUUAAUGUUAGAUAUAUUUAACCGGUUGUUUAUGAGAUGUGUUAAUGCCCUUUGCUAUAUGUUACAUUGAUGUAGUGUUUUAUAUACAUUUACUGGUACUAGUAAUAUAUUCAUUCUUGGCUUGAUGCUAGAAUUUAUGUUCAUCAUGACAUCAAAUGAUCUUACAUUGUGUGAUAUUGAUUUAGCCUAGUAAUGUUGUUCUAGUUCAGUCCCCUUCUAGCCAAAGUUGACCAGAUAUGAUGACUUGGUGCAGACCAGAGUUACAGUUGCCUAAUUCACUGUAGCCUUAUUCAGACCAGUUCUACAGUAUCCUUAUUCACUGUAGCCUUAUUCAGACCAGUUCUACAGUAUCCUUAUUCACUGUAGCCUAAUUCAGACCAGUUCUACAGUAUCCUUAUUCACUGUAGCCUUAUUCAGACCAGUUCUACAGUAUCCUUAUUCACUGUAGCCUUAUUCAGACCAGUUCUACAGUAUCCUUAUUCACUGUAGCCUUAUUCAGACCAGUUCUACAGUAUCCUUAUUCACUGUAGCCUUUUUCAGGCCAGUUCUACAGUAUCCUUAUUCACUGUAGCCUACAUAAUUCAAACAAGUGCUAUGCACUAACAGUAUUUCUCUAGUUUGGUCCAGUUCAUUGGGCAUGUUCAGGCAGCAAGAUGUUGGUUACUGAAUAGUUGAAUGUCAUUAUGUGAUAAAAUGUCAAAUGUU